AUUGAAUAAUUAACUAAUUGCAUCAAAAUGGCUGUCCAAGACGUUGUUACCCGUGAAUACACCAUCAACUUGCACAAGAGAUUACACGGUGCUCACUUCAAAAAGAGAGCCCCAAAGGCUGUCAAGGCUAUCAAGAAGUUCGCUACUUUGCACAUGGGAACCUCUGAUGUCAGAUUGGACCCAAGAUUGAACGUUCAAAUCUGGAAGAGAGGUGUCCAAGGUGUUGACAAGAGAAUGAGAUUGAGAAUCUCUAGAAAGAGAAAUGACGAAGAAGACGCUAAGGAAAAGUUGUUUGCCUACGUCGAACCAGUCAUUGUUGCCUCUGCCAAGGGUUUACACACCGUGGUUGUUGACGAAGAUGAAGCUUAAAUUCUUUACCAUAAAAUAUUUAAAUAGUUAAUGUAGAAUAAGGAAUUAAUAUUCUAAGUAUUUGAAAAUAGUAUUUGAUAAUGAAUGUUCAAACAAUCAGAGAAAGUACUAGGCGAAGAAAGAACUAUUGCCAUGUGUGAAAUCUGUUGUUCAGCUAAGGCACAAAAUCCUUUCCAAGUCAACGAUUUGAAGAAAUGAAUUUAUACGUAGUCAUACAAGGAAUACGAGGGGACUCAGAGGAUAAGUAAAAUCUUUAGGCCAAGCCUACGAACUGAGGGCUCAAUUUCAUCUUUGAUUGGAAUAGUCGAUUUCGUACUUCUAAAUGACUGUUGGUAU